AUGGAGAUGCCAAAGACGCUGUUGGUGUUGGUGGGUUUCCUUCACGCGACUCUCGCGGCGCCGUAUCCCGGGGGGGAGCAGGCGGACCUCGUGGACGUUCCGGGAGACCCGACUCCCGUCUGGACGGAGGACGCGACGACGGGGCGCGCCGGCGGGUCGGAGCCUCGAGAUCGCGAGCCGCUGGACGAGGUCGAGCAAAUCGAGCCCCGACAGUGGCCCGGCAGGCCGGACCUUUUCCCCACGCGAGGCGUCUUCCCUUCCACCACGCGGUCCUCGGUCUCCGGGAGGAUUCCCUCCCCGACCACUCUGGCGCAGAGAAAUCCCUCCACUCAAAGAUAUCCCACCGUGACGGUCCCACCACCGACGGCGACCGUCGACGAGGUCUUCUGCGACUUCGGCCCGCUCCCCGUGCAGUCUCUGUGCGAGUGGCGGAAUGGAAACGGGGCGCUGCAGUGGACGCCCGGGACCGGGCUGGGCACCAACUGGCUGGGCGGUCCGGCGAGCGACUCGACUUCCGGGACCAUGGAAGGAGGGUACGCGUUUCUGGAGACCUCGAAGCUGCCGCCAAAGGACGCGAAGUCUCGAAGUCCCGGAGGCUUUCUGCACAGCCCUCAGCUGGGAAGCACCGGCGUUUCCGGAACGUGUUUCGCGUUUAAAUACGCAAUGGACGGACUUAGCAUCGCCGGCCUGAGGGUUCUCCUUCACGUGGGGGUCGACGAGUACUCCGCCAAGAAGGAGGAGACCGACGAGAUCGUCCCGGAAAACGGCACGAUUUCGACUUCCUGCGCCCCUCCGGAGGUCGGAGAGGAGCGCGUCCUCUGGCACGCGCAAUACUACGUGCUCGGAGUCUGGCAGCAGGCGCAGAUCCUCUACACUUAUCCCGAGAUACAUUCGCUGAUAAUCGAGGGGGUCCCCGUGGACGCCGCGGACCCGUCUCGCCUCUAUCGAGGCUACAUCGCGAUCGACGACGUGGAUCUUCAGCCAGGAAUCUCUUGCGUCGGAUUCUGCGACUUUGCCGGAGGUUUCUGCGACUGGAGCAACGACGCCGAGGACGAUUUCGACUGGACGAUCAGUCGAGGAAGCGGAAAUCCAACGACGGGUCCCGCGAUGGACAGCUCCAGCGACCGAGCCACGGCCGGAGGAUACGCCUUCGUAGACUCCAGCUUCCCGAGAAGACCCGGGGACACCGCCAGACUGAUCAGUUCCAGCUUUCCUUCCACGGGCUCGGACGCUCCGAUGUGCAUGCAUUUUUGGUUCCACAUGUUCGGUUCCGGAAUAGGGAACCUGAAGAUAUAUUUGCGGCACUUUCGCAGCUUGGACUCUCGGCUGGAGGAGAUGUGGGCCCUCGGUGGCAACGCCGGCAACGCCUGGUUCAUGUCGGAAGUGACCGUCAGUUCCCUGGAGGAUUUUCAGCUGAUCUUCGAAGCCUCCGUCGGCAACACCGGCAUGGGCGAUAUCGCCAUCGACGAUGUCACGUUUACCCCUGGACCGUGCCCAGUCUCGCCGCAGGUGGCAGCCCGAGUUCCUCGGGAUUGCACCUUCGAGAUCGACGAGUGCGACUGGAUCAAUUCGAGGGAUCCGGACCGCGUCGAGUGGGAGAGAGUAUCGAACCAAGUGCUGAGUCCUCGGAACCAGAGAAAGCCUUACAGCAACGGGCACACCGUCAGUCGGCGAAACGAAUACUUCUUGGGGCUCGGACGAUCGAGAGGAGCGUCGCGCAGUAGCGGGGGUGGCACCGCGCAAUUGAUCGGCCGAGAGAUGAAGGGCUCCGAAGAUCCCCUGUGCAUAACCUUUUGGUAUUUCAUGUUCGAAUCGUUCAUCGACUCCACGGGUCCCAGUUUAGGCGUGUUGAGAGUCUCCGUUCAGGUCGUCGGCGAACCGUCGAAAGGGUCGAGACCCGUGUGGCAGCUGUACAAUAAUCAGGGUCCCACGUGGAAUUUCGCCCAAGCCAGCAUCAAUCAGCGGAAGGACUUCAACGUGGUCUUCGAAGGAACGUGGGGUCCGAAUCGAGCGAGCGGAAGCAUAGGCAUCGACGAUAUCGCAUUUUAUACAGGAAAUUGCACCGUGCGACCACCGAGCGCGGCCGUGAAGCCCCAAGACUGCAGCUUCGAAAAGGGUCUCUGCGGAUGGGAGAACGUCACUUCGUCCGUGAACGAUCGAGCCGUCACUUGGCAGCGAGCUUUCGUAACUCACAGGCCGGCCCAAUUGCUGGACAAGACUUUCGGCGCGACCGGGGACUUCGUCUUCUUCGACAUCUUCACGACCAACCAGAAACUCACGGAGGUUCGGCUGAGGUCGCCGAGGAUAGGAGCGUCUCCCGACGAGGAGGCCAUAUGUUUUACGUUUUGGUUCGCAGCUUUCGGAGUAGAGGAGUCGACGACUCUUCGCGUCGUCAAAGUCCCCGCCGAUCUCGACGUAAAUGGAAACAACGGAAACGGCAACGGAAACGGCGAAUCCGAAAAGGAACCGCUUUGGUCGCUCGCGGCAAAGGGCUUCAACGAUCCUAGGCCGGCCUGGACCGCGGCUCAGGUGACGGUAGACGCUCGGACCCCUUACCGGCUCAUUUUGGAAGGAAGCGCGAGCAACGGGGGAUUCGCCGUCGACGACAUUAAAUUUCAACCGCGAGCGUGUCCGACUCGUCCACCCGCGGCUCAACCGGUCGUCAACGCUACGUAGCGGCUACGCAGAAAUCGCAGCCACGAAGAGUCAGGCCCCA